CUUUAUCUGGGUAAAAAAAUUGGAGGCAAAAUGUAAAAUUUGUAGUAUUUUUUAUUAAAAAAAAAUGUAGUGGAAAAUGUAAUCAUUUCCGAAGCUGGAAUACACAAAACAUUUCCGAAUUCCAAGAGUCCAAAUUAACCUCGACGUUGCCCUCAUCGCUUCUCCUUCCCUCCGCCACUCCUCCGCCGCAGUUGGAGAAGAUGAAGAUUAAGUUGAAGCUGAAGAUGAAGCCGAAGGAGACGGUGGAGGAAGAAGAGCAAAAGAGUUCGCUGAAUUCCGAGAGCAGCUUUGCAUCGCCUGAACCAUCGGCCUCAGAUUCUGUUUCCGGCGGCAGCAACUUGACUUUUGGUCGGAGCUACGAUCAUCUUUCAGUUCUACAGCCUAAUAGAAGAAGGCCAGUUCUCGGUUCUACUCACAUUCGUAUUCGAGCCGAAUCGAUCUUGAGGAUUCUGACGUCCCAGGGCUGUGCAUCUGAAGUUAGGCUCCGCCAGCUGCUCGGCGACAGCCCCAGUACCAGCAAAGCCCUUCGAUUAUUGCUUAGCUUACAUCAGGUGAAGAGGUGUGGAGCUGGAGGGCGUAAUGAUCCCUAUAUUUACAUGGUAUAUUUUUCUAGCUUGUAUUGUAAGCGCUGAUGUACGUUCUUAGGUGUAUUUAGCUGGAGAUAAACCCCAGAGUCGCAUUAGUAAUGUAGUUUGCCUCCAUUGCAGGUAGCAUGAACUGGUGUUUGGUGUAGGGCUUUGUAGAUAUGGAAAAUUCAGCGACUAUGACAAGAUUGACGAUGCAAUUAGGUUUUUGGGUAGAUUCUAGCAGUUAUGUGAAUGUGAUCUCCAAGUUAUGUGAUUGAAGUUGAAUGCAGCAGGCAGGUAUAUGCAUAGGCUGACUAGUUAAACUACUGUUGUAGUCUAUAUUUUGUUUUGUGUAAGGCACUGAAGGAUACGUCAUGAAUUAGUAAUACAUGAAUCCUAGUGUUGAAAACUUUUACGAGUCUGAUAUUCCUGUCGUUGAAACUUCAAUGGUAGUCUCUUCUCCAUGUAUAGUUUAGUUUCUGUUAUUUUCUGUGGCUCAGUUGUUACAUUCGCUCUGAUUAAUGCAAAAUUACUUGGUGUAUGUCUUAUUGGCACUUGUCUCUUGUUUGAUUGCUUGUCAAUGUUUUAUGAAGCGUUGCAGCCCUGAAAUGGACCUAUGUGUUUGUUUGUCACAAUUUUGAAUUUUGUUUUCUG